GUUUUAUUUCCUUAGAGACGGUUGCUAACAACUCUAUCCAAAUGAAAGCGGGGGAGGACAUCAGAAAACUGAUAAGAGGUGUUUAAGUUUCCCCAGGGUUCAGUUACUGUGCUGUUUAUCAUCAUUAUGGCUCGAGGAAGAUCAGCGGUCAGCGUCCUCUCUGACAGCGUUGACAUGGACUUUGAUGGAAUUGCCGAGACAGAGAUAGGAAAGCUUCAGCGACAGUUUCGUAUCACAGAAGGAGAUCGACAGGCCUACAGCAUCCAGUCACAAGAAAUUAUCCGCAAACAGCGGCAGGAGAUUUCCAAGCUGCGUGAGGAGCAGGAGGAGUUGUUGCGAUCUCUGCGUGUUGUGGAAUGCCAGACGCGCAAACAGAGCGACAGUCAGGACGCCCAGAGUCUGCGAUCGCUCCUGGACCAGCGAGAUGAUCUAGAUGAGCAACUGGAGAUAGAGAGACAGACCCAGGCAGAGCUGGAACAAGAGAUCCUGAGUGUGGAGAAAAAGUUGGUGGAGCUGAGGAGAGGAGAGAUCACAGCUUCUCACAGCCAUAAGUCUCAGACCCCUCACACUCAGAAAGCCACACACAUACUGGAAAACAAACUGGACCGGGCUCUUGUUCGUUUUAACGAACAUCUGACUAAGAACAGCCAGCUCCGAGAAGAAAUCGAGACACUUCGCAUGGAGCGCGUACAAUUCCAGCAGCUACGUCGCAAACUGGAGAAGGUGCUGCAGGAUAUUCGCAAGGAUAUUGGUGAAGUUAUCAACAUGUCAACCUCAGCUUAUGAUGCAAGAGUGGAGGCUCAGACUAAAAUGAGCAUGAUGAAGGAAAAAGCAGUGAAGGAUCUUACACAGUACACAGCUGAAAUGAAGGAGCUGGAGAGAGUCCUCGCCAAUGAACGCAGACUCAAGGAGUUCAUGACCACCAAGAGUAAUGAGAGGAGCAUCCAGGACGAUGGACAGGAAAUGAAUCGCAGACAUGAGAUGAAGGAGCAAAGGAAGGCAGAUCCUGGUGUGGAGACUAUGGACACUUUGGAAGAGGUGUUCCAACGAAUCCAGAGAGUGACUGGAGAAGAUGAUUUAGAGACGUUGGUUACAAAGUUCAUUCAGGCUGAGGACAGAAAUUUUGCUCUCUUCAACUAUGUGAAUGAACAGAAUGCAGAAGCUGAGAAACUGAGAGAAGAAAUCCAACAGAUUGGAGAAGAGAUGAAGCAGUUUCAUAUGGAAGGUCUCCAGCAGGAACAGAAAUAUCAAGAGGAAUUGAAACGGGUUAGGAAUUUACAGAAAGAGUGUGAAAAACAAGCUCAACAGUAUAAAGCCCAGGCUGAUGAUAUCAGCAAGAUCCUUGACCAGAUAAAAACAGGGAUGGACAGUUUGUUUGAUAAGCUUGAUUGUGACCAAGCGCUGGAGGAUGACUUGGGCUCUUCGUCUGGUAUCAGGGACAGUAACAUCAUGAAAUAUCUGAGCCUGGUGGAACCGAGAACCACUGAACUGCUCACCAUUCAUGCUUUCAUCAACUCCAAGGACCAGGAGAAGAGUUAUGACCCGAAAGAACUGACUCAGUUCCUGCUGGGUCAGACCCCAGACAUCCAGAGACAGACAGCUAUGGUUCAGCCUCUUGUUUCCAGGGAUGAUGAUGAAGCUGAGGAUUCUCCAGUCACAGAUGAGGAAGAUCGACCUUUGAGCGAAGCAGAACUCCGUCAGCACAUUAGGCAAGGUGUCUUGAGUAAUCUUCUUACAGGAGGGGGCAGAGAUGUGAAAACCCCAAAAAGCAGCACCAUGUCCAGUAGCAAACAGCACUCACUGGAUGCUUAAGAUAUGCUCUUUCCUUCAAAUAAAAAGAGAUGAUAAGUGGUAUAUGAUAUUGAAAAAAGUGCAAUAUGAUUUUCAGCUCAAUGCAAACAUCUUGAUUUAUUCUUUACCUAGUUUUUCUACCUUAAUCUUUCAUCAAUUCUAGUUUUGAAAGUCCUAACAUUCAUUAAAUACAGAUGUUAUAUCCACAACAAACAGAAGGGGGCAACAUGUAUACAUGUUAGCAACUGCAUCAGUUCAAUCUUUUUGGGGGGGUUAAAUAACCAGUCAAGUGUUCUCUUGCUUUUGUUUCUAUUUAAGAUCUGAAUUAAACUCCCUGCAAAAAAAGUUUGUCAAAACAUACAGUUUCCAGGAAUUGUGUGUAUCCUCCAGACAUGAGAUUAUUUUAGCACAUGUACAGUAUUUUGGGGAAUAUGUACAGUUUCUCAGUUGCUCUAUUUUGACCAGUUGUCUAUUAUUUCAGCAAUAAGCCACUCAAGGCCUGGCUAUAUUGAGAAUAUAGUGUUGUAAAGGGUGUUAUUAGGCACCACACUCAGCAGAGUGGCUAUAUUUACAAUAUAGCACGCCCUUCAGUGCCUUAUUACUUUCAUAAAACAAACUGUACUACAUAAUACAGUACUACAUAAUAAAAAUAUUAAGGACAGCAAUUUCAAUUAAAAUUUUAUUUUAUUAAGAAAAUUAAUUAAGUGUCAUUCUUCCUCUAGAAGAUAUAGUCCCUGACAAAACUGAAUUAAAAAAUUUAAAAAUAAAACUAUUUCAUUAAAAACUGUAAAUGACAAACAAUAGUGUAUUUUAGCACAUCUGCACUUGGCUUGCUUACAUGCAAGAGUGUGUACAUGUGUGUCUGUGUGUGUUUUGGUCAUGUACAGGAUGAUGGCCCUGCUUUGUGAUUAUUUUGUAAUGAUUAUU